CGUUGCGAAGAAAAAUUCCCUCCGGCGCUGUCAGCUCUUCGGCCUUCCGCAUCACCACCAUUUGCAGCGUGCCGGCUUCAUUGCCCGCCUUUCUCCGUGGUCUGAAACCGGGCUUCAUCAAUUGACUUUGUUCCGCCCCCGUUACACUGUUUCUUUCCCGUUCUUCCUUUCACCCCUUAGCUAAUCAGAGAUAAUGCGCGGUCUCCGGACGGCGGUCCGCCUUGCGGCGACAGCACGGCCAUCGGCCGUGCGCCCUUCCGCGAGGGCUCCUCUCUUCCACAAAGCCGCUGCUGUCCCUAGCGUACAAAAACGGACGUAUGCCGAUGCGUCUGGCGUCAAGGAGUACACAGUCCGCGAGGCCCUGAACGAGGCGCUCGCCGAGGAGCUCGAGGCCAACCCCAAAGUCUUCAUCAUGGGCGAGGAGGUUGCCCAGUACAACGGCGCAUACAAGGUCACCAAGGGCCUACUAGACCGUUUCGGCGACAAGCGCGUCAUCGACACACCGAUCACGGAGAGCGGAUUCUGCGGUCUGGCGGUUGGAGCCGCGCUGAGCGGCCUGCACCCGGUGUGCGAGUUCAUGACCUUCAACUUCGCCAUGCAGGCCAUCGACCAGAUCGUCAACUCGGCCGCCAAGACGCUCUACAUGUCGGGCGGCAUCCAGCCCUGCAACAUCACCUUCCGCGGCCCCAACGGCUUCGCCGCCGGCGUCGCCGCGCAGCACUCGCAAGACUAUUCGGCCUGGUACGGCAGCGUGCCGGGGCUCAAGGUAGUCUCGCCCUGGUCCGCCGAGGACGCCAAGGGCCUGCUCAAGGCGGCCAUCCGGGACCCGAACCCGGUCGUGGUGCUCGAGAACGAGCUCAUGUACGGCCAGUCGUUCCCCAUGUCCGAGGCGGCGCAAAAGGACGACUUUGUGAUCCCCUUUGGCAAGGCCAAGAUUGAGCGCGCCGGCAAGGACCUGACCAUGGUGACGCUGUCGCGCUGCGUUGGCCAGACCCUCGUGGCCGCCGAGGCGCUCAAGAAGAAGUACGGCGUCGAGUGCGAGGUCAUCAACCUCCGCAGCAUCAAGCCGCUCGACGUUGAGGCGAUCGUCAAGUCGGUCAAGAAGACGCACCGCCUGAUGGCCGUCGAGUCUGGGUUCCCCGCCUUUGGCGUCGGCGCUGAGAUCCUGGCCCUCACCAUGGAGUACGCUUUCGACUACCUCGACGCCCCCGCCCAGCGUGUCACUGGUGCCGAUGUCCCUACCCCGUACGCCCAGAAGCUCGAGGAGAUGAGCUUCCCGACUGAGGGGCUCAUUGAGCAGUACGCCGCCAAGCUGCUCCGUCUCUGAUGAUAGAGUUCUACUUCAGGAGCAAGGAUGCGUAGAGGUGGUCAUUGCCAUGUUUUCAGCAAGGACGGAAUGGCACAAGCCGAGGAGAUGCAACUUCUGCGCAUUUCGCCUCGCUUGCCCGUUUUCUUUCGCGCCGACACCUAAACGGGCCGGAGUCUUGCGAGGCAGGUGCUUGGUAUUGGUUUGAAGGUGCAUAGACAGGGUUUUCUGGGAAGGGCUUGUACUUGUACAUUUAUCUUUGUGAGCAAAGCGCAGAGCAGAGAAUGCCAUUGUCACCGCAACGUGACGAGUGUAUCAAAUGAAGGGGUAUCUAGUGAACAAUGUCUCCCACAAUCCAUGUUGAGCCGCCUGUAAAGACACCACUUCUAGAACAAUCCCACAUAUC